UGUAGUUUGUGCUUGCAUCAGAGUUCCCUUUUAAGUAAAAAGCAUUGCAUUGUUAAUAUAUGUAUGGUUUAUAUACAUGUCAAGUUUUGCUGGGAAACGACAAAUUCGAACGAUUACGCAGAUAAAUAUGAGAAAUGAGUAACGAGAUAUCUUUAAAAAGAAAAAUUCAAAACCGGGACAGCUUCCACGACAGCGGCAACAAUGACAACAGUGAUAACAUUUUAAAGCGAAGACGAAUGUGUGAUAGUGAAUCUAAUAUAUUUAAUUCUUUAAAUGACGAAGGAAGCAAUGACAAUUAUUUGAUAGAUCUUAACAAAGCAAAAGAGUAUAUUCAUUUAUUUAAUACAGAGUUUACAAAAGGUUUUGAAAAGUUGAGCAAUCGCCACGACACAUCUAGUUUAGUUGAAAAAAAAAUAGAGUUUGAUAAGUUUUCUAACAUAGAUUGCGCAAAAUACUUAGUUGCUAAUUUUGGUGUUCCAAACUCUCGCAAAUCAUCUUCAUUUAAUUAUUUUAUGACUAACAAUAUUCGUUAUCCUUUGCCAAAUUCACCACAAGCAGGAGAUGGUGUAACAACAAAGCCAAUUAGAGUUAGAUACAAUUCAUUUAAUGAUAUUUAUAUCAAAACUUAUAAUUUUAGUAAUGGAGACGAAGAAUUACUCAUUAAAAAAUUUGCGGAGUUCAAUGAAAAAUUCUCUAAUUUUGUAGAAAGCUUAAUGAGUGAAACAAACAUAGACGAAAUAAUAAUCGAGAUACCAAAAACAUUUUUACCUAAAGAUCGUUUAUAUUUAGAGAACUUUGAGUUUUUAGACUUAAUUGGUUUACCAGAUCAAAGCUCUCAGAAUAGAGAGCACGAGAAAUCGGCAAUCAGAAUGAAUAGAAACUCAAUUGAAAAAGAAGUGGUCGACGCUUUUUUUAUGUUUCCAGGCAAGCGCGGUAAAUGUGACGAAGAAAUAAUUAAAUACAUGUGGAAAUGUGGAGCUUUCUCAGAUUUAUCUGAUAGACGACCACCCAAACUAGUUGUUUGCAAUAAAAUGCGCUCUAACGAUUGGAACGAUAACAGCGAGUUUGAAAAAAUGACACAGGCUUACACUGAUGGCACAAUACUCAAAUCAAUUGAAACCAGCUUGUGCAAAAUGUUUGACUAUAAAGACGAAAAAGACUAUGAAGAUGAUUUUGAGCCAUUGGUAAUUGAUAACAAAUUUGAAAGCAUAAAAGAUAUGAUAAAAAGGUCAGCAUCGGCUUGUAUUAUUGAAACCUUUAAUCAGACAGGGUAUAAUAAUGAAAAAUACAAUUUUUUUGUAUGUAAUUUAUAUAAGAUAUUUAUGGAUAUUAAAGCUUAUAAAGAAAGCAAUCUGCAUCGCCUAAGCAUACAUUAUAUAUUGGUUUUAUCUAAAGAGUUAUUUAUUAAAUUAAAUUCAACAGUUAAUCGAAUUAGAUUAAAGGAAACAAACAAAAGUAAGUAUUUUAAGAUAAAGCAAUUCUUCAAAAGCGACAGUGCAAAACGUUUAAUAAAAUAUAUUGGGAGUGAAAUUAAUGAGGAAAUUUUGUGUUUUAAAAACAGUUUGUUUGACGAGUUAUCUAUACAGGAUUUUUUUAAUGCUAAUUACGAAGAAGAAGACAAAAUUAAUUACAGAAUGGAGUGGUUUAACUUAUCAGUUGAGAAAUGUCAAGAAAAUAUACUGUUGCUUAUUGAGAAAUAUGUGCAGGCUAUAUUCAAAGACAUUCUCAAAGAUUUGAAAAACGAAGAGUUAGAUAACUUUAUGCAAAUGAGGGAUUACUUGGAUAGUAAAUAUCUCAAAAAUAGUUUCAAAUUGACAUUAGAUAAAAUUUUAAAGCAAAUGAAAAAUAAUUACAAGGCAAUAAAAGAUAUUGACGAGAAGUUAAGUUUAUUUAAAAAAAAAUGCUGUCAUUUUUUGGAAAGCAUUAAAAACGAAUAUAACUAUGAUGCAUAUGAGAACGAGAAUUUAAGUCAGAGGAGUUCCGAUGAAAACAGUAACCUACUAGAGAUCCAAGAAUGCUGCAAAAAAUUAAAUGAUAUUGAAAAAAAUGUUUGCAUGUUUCUUAAGUCAACAAAAGACACUUUUGAGUCUGACGAAGAAUUUGAUGCCACAUUAAUUAAUCCACUUCUUCAUAAAAAAACUGGAUCGCAUAAAUUGCCGGAAAAUAAAGAUAUAGAUGGUUUGGACGUGAUAAGUUUUACAAAAUACUGUCGAAACAAAUUUAAUCUUCAGCUAUUAGAAAAACUCAAAGCUCAAUCAGUUAAAAGCAAAAUUACAUUGGAAUACACGGAGCCAAUCAGCUUAGAAAACUACGAGAUACAGUUUAACUUAGAUAGAGAAAACAAAAAAGUUUCAGUGAGCUAUCAUAAUAAUUAUUUGGAUGAACAAUUAAAGUUAUUAAAAGAUAAUUUAUAUAAAGACGAGACAAAUCAGACAAGCAAUGCGCUAUAUCCAAUAUUUAUCAGUUCGGUUCAACGUAGAAACGAUUUUGAACCAAAUUUGCUAAUUAAAGAUCUGGGAAGAGUUUUAAAACCAAAUAGUUUUUUUAUAUUUUUAUUUAUUGAGGGCGGCACCAACCAAAACAGAGAGUUAUUUAAAAAAAAUAUUGAUUUCUAUAAAAACCAAAGAGAUAAUGAUUUUAAAGCAAUUUGUAAUUACGGAAAAAGUUUUACAAAUAAAGAUAUGAAUCCAAUAGUUAUAUGUUAUUUACCAGAUAAAAACUUAGGAAUAGGUAGAAUAAGAAAAAUCAUGAUGAUGUUUGCAGAACAUUUACAAUUAUUAAGAUUUUAUUUUAUUGACGACGACAUCGAUUCGUUUUACGAAUACGACAAAAGGCUACAUGGAAGAGAAAUUAAAAAGAGUCCUAAUUUUACUUAUAAGUCACUUGCAUUUAUGCUUAAGGUACUCAAUUUUGGCUGCUCUAAUCGUGACCUUUGCAACAACAAAGAUCUGCAUUCAAAGGAAGUGAAAGAUAAAGAAGAAGCUGUAAGUAAGUUAAACAGGAGAAACUGGAUGAAGAAUUUAGAUAAAAUAAAAGAUACCAUAAAUGCAGAAGAUUCCAACACUGCUAACUUAGUUGAUGAACUUUAUGAUAUAAUUGAUAACAAAAAAUACAACGAAGAAUCUAAAGUUAAAGAUCUUAUUAAUACUCUAAUGAAUCAUUUGGGUGCAGAUGGUGUUCUUAUCUUAAAUGAAAUUAAAAAUAGGCUAUUAAAAGAUAAAUCAAAGAUUAUAGGGCAGGUGGCAUUAUGGAAUAAUGCAUCUUUUAAAACAUGGAGCUUUUUAGAAAAACUGAUGUGUGAUGUAUCCAAGAUGCACACUCAUUUAGUGUCAUACCAGCGUUAUCAAGUUGUUCUAUAUAAUUUGGACGCUAUAAAAGGAAUACAUCCAGUAACUGAUGAUGUUCUAUUUCAGCCGGUAUUUGAAAAGCAUGAAAUAGUCCAACUUGCUCAUAUUUCAAGUAGCGCUAAUCUAAAUGAUGCUCAUGUACAAACUUCAUUUACUUAUGGUUACAAAUGCUCGGAUAAGGUUCAUGUGUAUUAUCAGCUAUUCAAUGGUGUCUCUGGUUACAUGGCUUACUAUUAUUCAUUUAGAAACAUGAUCGGAAUAAAAUCUAAAGUAAACUCGGACGAGACAUCUUUAGAAGCUUCAGACUAAUUUUGAAAAAAGAUGUUUAUUGCAAUUUUUAUUAAAAGUUAUAAUUGUAAUUUCAAUUUUAAA